UAAUAAGACAGAAAGCGUGUGCAACUUGCCAGUUGAACUCUCAAAGAAGACCCGUGAUAAAGUCUUCCCUACAGCUUAAAUAUGCCCUAAACUGAAGCCAUAUCAUUCACAAAGGAAGGAGAAAUAGGUCCAGUGACGAAGCCCAACAUGGAGCACUUCACACAUCCAGGCCAUUCGCUAGCAGAAGUUUAUGGGAGCGAAGAGUUCCAGUGCGACGGUUGCAAGACCCCCGGGAAUGGCCUCCGAUAUCGAUGCCACACAUGCGAUUUCAAUAUGCACGACUACUGUGGGCGCUGCCCAUCCACCCUCUCCACCUUCAUGCACCCCCAACACCACCUCAAACUCGUGAUCGGAACCCAAGGCAGGCACGAUAACGAGGGUUCCUGCGACUUGUGCGGGGACAACUUUGAGGGGCUGUUCUACCAGUGCACGCUCUGCGACUUCAACAUCCACCCGCUAUGCACCAAACUUCCUGAGUAUGUGCCCCACGCCCUCGACCCCGUUCAUCAAUUAAAGCUCCAGACGUCGUCGUCCCCCGGGUGGUGCAGGGUCUGCAAAAGCGAGUGCACUUCAUGGAGAUACGGAUGUAGGACUUGUAAUUUUGAUAUUCAUCUUGAGUGCAUCUUAGAUCGGUGCGAUGCGUCCACGGCCUCACGCUCAGUGGCAGCUCCAGCUUCACCACAUGGUGUUGCAUCACCGCUGCCUCCUUGGGGUUGGGGUUGUUCUUAUGGAGGCCUAACUGAUGGUGCUUAUGGGCCUGCUCCUUAUGGUGCUUAUGGGCCUGCUCCUUAUGGUGCUUAUGUGCCUGCUCCUCAUGGUGCUUAUGGACCUUCUCCUUAUUAUGCUUAUGGGCCGCAGCAUCCUUAUUAUUCAUCAACACCACCUCCUUAUUACCCAUCGGGACCAUCACCAACUCACUUUGGUGCCUAUGUUCAUCCUUAUGCAUUUACUCCACCACCACCAUCUAUUUAUGGUGCUGCACCACCAUCUUUUUAUGGUGCUGCACCACCACCUUUUUAUGGUGCUGCACCACCACCUUUUCAUGGCGUUGCACCACCACCACCUACUUAUGGUGCUGCACCACCACCACCUACCUAUGGUGCUGCACCACCACCACCUACCUAUGGUGCUGCACCACCACCACCUACCUAUGGUGCUGCACCACCACCACCUACCUAUGGUGCUGCACCACCACCACCUUCUUAUGGUGCUUAUGCUUACGGGGAACCUCCUGGUUUCAGUCCAUAUAGUGCGAAUCACUCUGUUAGCGAAGCUCAAGGGAGUGGUAAGCCGUCAAAAUUAGGGAAGAAGCUGGGCAAGAUUAUAUAUUCCCUUGUAGUGAACCUGACGAUUGGGUUGUUUUGUGGUGUAAUCUUCGGAUGAAGUUAUCUUCUUUGCCAUGAAUUUUACAUUGAAGGAGGAGGUCUCAUUGUUUUUGUGCACUCGAUAUUAGGGCCUGUUCAGGAGGUGUGGUUGCACCUGCACCUAAUUUUGUGCACUCGCCGAUAUUGGACAAGAGACAAAGCAUAUCUUUUCUAUUGAAAAUUUAAAAAAUGAUAAAAAUAAAAUAAAAAAUGCUUAUACCAUUUUGCAAACCCUC